GGGGUCCACCAAUCGGACUAGAGCUGGAGGUCUGGGCGUCUGUCAGCACUUCCUGUUUCCUCUGACUGGCUGGGAGUCAGGAAGCUGCCAGCAGGGUAAUAACACAGUGUACCAAAGACAGCGGCGGCGGAUCUGCGGCCAACAUGGCGGGGAUCAAAGCGCUAGUUGCACUAUCAUUUAGCGGAGCCAUUGGCCUAACCUUCCUUAUGCUGGGAUGUGCCUUAGAGAGCUACAGAGUUUACUGGCCGCUCUUCGUUUUGAUAUUUUACGUCAUUAGUCCCAUUCCACAUUUUAUCGCCACACGACUCAGUGAGGACAGCGACGCAGCCAGCAGCGCCUGCCGGGAACUGGCCUACUUCUUCACCACUGGAAUUGUGGUUUCCGCCUUUGGCUUUCCCAUUAUUUUAGCCAGAGUUGACGUGAUCUUAUGGGGAGCGUGCGGUCUGGUCCUGGCGGGGAACGCAGUUAUUUUCCUAACCAUCCUGGGAUUCUUCAUUGUUUUCGGAAGAGGCGAUGAUUUUAGCUGGGAGCAGUGGUGAAAGCCGAGCGCCUUCCUCCGCCGUACUGUACAGAGAGUGUCAUACUGAUCUUUAUGUAUGUAUGUAUGUACCACGUGUGUGUAUACUAAUCAUGGCCUCAUCUCAUGUAUAUCCCAUUAUGAAGCGAGUGAAAGGCUUAUGUACAUAUGUAUCUCUACAUUAACAUUUCUUUAGUUCUGUAAUUGUUCCUCCGGGCAUAAAAGCACUUGCUCUGAUCGACACACGUGUCCUACACGUUUCCCAGGUCUGCAGCUAGGGCGGGAUGGGUUGGAGAUGUCAUAUGUACCGGAAUUUACUCCCCCCAAUACCCCCCCCCCCCCCCCCUUCCCUCUCUUCCUUCAACUCGCAGGCAGUGUCCAGGAUCGUUCCCAAAUAUAUACUAAAUUCUAAACUCUGGCGGGAUUUAAAGAAUGAAUACACCCCUUACUUUCAGACAGGGUGCUCUAAGAUAGGAUAAAAGAGAAGGUUAUACUUACCAUUAGUCUGGUAUCACCCCAAUCUGGGUGGUCUCCCUAAAGCUGCGUACAGACUUUGCCGAUCACUCCACUUAUCCGAUAAACGUUCCUGAUCAGCCGAGGAGUAGUGUGACCCCCGUAAACACUGAGCUAGAAAUAUAUCCGUUUGCACAUUCUCUUAUGGGGCUUGUGGUCCGUCAGGAGCGUUUCAAGUCCUUUAUCUGCUGAUGCUCCGGCGUCACUUUUACAUACCGGUAUGACAAUUGUAUAGGUGUGUAUCAGGUGAGCAGCCUGACAGGUGUAUAGCUGUGUAACCAGCAUAAGGCUGUUUGAUGGUCCCCGCCGGAUUUUAUCCCAUGUUCUCCUACCCAGUACAUUUAUACUUCCCAGUGGUAGUCUUAAUGUGUUGGGCUUUGCUGAUUAUUUUACUCUUUAUCAGCCAUUUCUGCCCCCUCAACAGGAAGUCUGAGGUGUAUAGGUGUAAUGCUUCCUCCGUGAGCACAACUUACUAUUCCCUGAUUGGCUCGUGAAGCGUCUGCAUAUCUGCGUAUGUUAGAAGUAAUUCUAUACAUAACGCAACGGCGGUGUUGGUUCCACACUCCUUCAACUAGGAACAGUAGAUCUGUGUAAUAGACAUCUGUUAUUCCAGUAUCCAUAAGCCUUAAACGUGAGAUGAUUCAUUAGGAAAACUGCAUUAAGCACCAUUUAUAGAAGAAAGCAUUGUCCGAUUCCGGCAGAAUUAUAGCCUUCAAGGGGCUCGAUUUUACUUUCCUUUUAUUGGGGUCCUGUCAUUUAUACACCAUGGAAAUGGAUAUCAUUAACGUGUUCCUGUUGAAUAGGGGACUAUUGGUUCUGCCCUAAAAACAGCUGCUGCCUACUGUGGAUAAUAGGACCACGCUAAUUAACCUACAAACAGGAAGUCUGCUGUGCACAGAGAAAACUCUUCCCCCACAAUUUCACCAGCCAGUAGUUUUUUAUUUCACAUAUAUGUGUGAUUGCUGCAACCUCUUUGCCCUAUUAAGCUAGGUACACACUUGUACAAUCCUUCUUCAGGUGCAGUUUUAUUUCCGAUUAUACUAGGUUUCGACGUCACAAUCAAAGUGGCGAUUUGUGCGUACACACCUUUACAAUCGAACGUGCGAUCCAUGAAACGCCUCUGUCUAAAAUAUCUGCUGAAAAGACUCGUACGAAGGCGGCGCUUCUGCUGGAGGGGCAGAAGUGCGUACACGCGUCACAAUUUGUCCGAUAUUGUACGGUUGCAUCGGAUUAAUACUAGGCAGCCCAUAAUACCUGCUUUUCAGAUGCCACCGGAUUCUUCCCGUAAAACGUGAUUAGUAGGGAUCUACACACUCGUACAAUAUCUUAUGAACGGGUCGGGGAUUGAAAGAACUGUCCGAUUGUACAGGUGCGUACCUGGGUUGGGUACAGGUGACCGGCGGUCGGGAUCCCGCAGUCAGCAUACUUGCGCUGAGAUCCCGGCCGCCAGAAUGCCAACAGGGGGGCGAGCGCAUCGAAGCCCCUUGCGGGAGAUGACCGCAUUUUCACGUCAGUCGAUUACCUGAGAAGCUUCAUAUGGCAAUGUGCACUGGGUAACCAAUCACACGUUAUGCUCAAUUGUAAAUAUUAGUAAUCCAUAAUUACUCACAUUUUAGCGUUUAGUAAUCAUGGAAUGAUGAUUUUCCUAAUUAUAAAUGUUAAAGGGACAGGUACUCUAAUUGUCAUCUUAUCCCCUGUUUUACAUUCAUUUAUUUAUUUUCAAGGGACUGGGAAAAAUUGGUGUCAAAUCUGUGAAAGUGUAAAAUGAGGAAAAUGUGUAACAUUAAGUCCAACGUUUUGUGUGAAAUAGUUUGUUCCAUCUUGUAACUGACAACUGACUUGUUCAUAGACGGACUCUCCAUGGAAAUAAUCACGUGCCGCAGCUUCAGAACAGAGUGAUAUAAAGUCAGGGAAAUGGGUGCAUUGAAAUGCAUUAGAGAAUUAGGGACCGUGAGAAAACGUCAGAUCCCGAAGAGUGUGAAAUGGGGGUUUGAUUGUAGAUUAUAGUAAGUGUGUGGCCAGUCAUUUUCUAAUCGUUAAAUUACUAUUUGUAAAUCUUGUGCCUUACUCAUCCGUUAAAGUUCCCAGUAUAAUGUUCUGUAUAUUACUGGGGAAGUAUCAGCUUGUUUUAGAAACCAUUGGGGUACAUGAAAUGUACUGUAACCACAGCAACCAGGAAAAUGUACUGUAACCAUAGCAACCACCAAAAGGUUUCCAUUAAUCUUCUGAAGCACAGACGUAAAAUGACAAUUGGGGGGGAAUUCACCGUGACACUUGGCUGCGCACGUCAUUGUAUAUUACUGUAACCAAACAAUGCUUAUCUUUGUGUUUCUUUAUGGCAGGUUAGGAAACGUCCGGAACACCAGCUUCUAUGGGACUACACAUCCCAGCAUCCCCUGCCAAAUUUAUAGCAUGCCUUAACAGCAAAACUGUCAGGGCUUGCUGAGAUGUGUAGUUCCACAGCAGCUGGAGUGCCACACAUUGCUUAACCCUGCUCUUUGGGAUACGCAGGAAAAUUAGCGCUAGUACUGCCCGUGAUGCCAUUUUGAUUGCCCGUUCUGGUGAUGUUUCAUGGCCAUUGCACUGCUUUGAAUUAUCCCAUUACGUCUGGCUGUUGCUAUGGGUUACACCGUCCUUUUACUGUGUGUACUGUACCGAUUAUAAGCGUAUGAUGAGCGGUGUAAUAUUGCAGGCGUCUUACUUGCUGGGAUCUGACUCCCCCCGACUUACAUUAUGCAUUGAGGCCAUUCUGCUGCCUGAGGAUGCAUCGCAACUGCCGCCCUUCUCCAUAAACCUUUAUAUUCCGCUCCAUAACCAUUAUUACAUCUGCUUCACCAACAAGCCAAUUCUUUUUAAUUAAUGCCCUCCACUUUGCUGCUGCCCCCAAAACGUUACUGCCUGUUUCCUCAUUAUUGAGACACCCCUGUUCUUCCUUAUACGGCUAGACAACAGGCGAAUUCCUCAAGGGAUACUUUACCUUUAAUAGAACACUCAUAUGGUUCCCAUAAAAUGUUCCCUGCCGGGCAGAUAACUGAAUUAGUAAUAUAGAAACAUAGAAUGUGACGACAGAUAAGAACCACCAGGCCCAUCUAGUCUCUGAGGGAGCUUCUGCUUAAUUUCACCAUACAACCAAUACUAUAUAAUGUAGUACGAACGACCUAGGUAAACAAGCUGUGGUUCUCACAUUAUUGUAGGACUACAAGUCUCAGCAUGCUAGAGAACCGCAGACGUGGCAACUUCUAAUAUCGCUGUUAUUGCAGCAGGAAGAUAUCCUCUCCGUCGGGCCAAAAGCAGACUCCUUCUGACUGCAUUUACCCAACAUGCCUGAAAUUGAUCCUAAUAAUUUAUCUUUGAUUAUAAUUAUUAUUAGACAUUGCGGCUGUUUCGGUCUACACCCCCUAUAUGGGGUAAUUUCCGUAAGUAUGACACCGUACAGGUUUACAGUGAUUUCUCUACUUCUAACUACCUUUAUAGAUGCCCUAUAAUGACACCUUUCGCUCUGGCUGAUUUGUUUCAGAAAAUUAUCUCAAUUGCUAGUUUGGAACUAUUGCCUUUGCCACCGUCUGCUAAUGUGGCUGAAUUAAAGCCUUUUGCUUGUAACUAAACCAUUUAUCCAUCUAUAGACCGUAAUGAUAUACCUCCGCACUGUGCAAUUACACUGGUAAAGAGCAGUUUGGAUUCAUUGAGUUUCUGUAGGUUACAGGCAGAGGGAAGAAAUACUGCAACUUUUCACAUGAAAUGAAUACUUUGACUUAUUUGUAAUAAUUUUACUGGUAAACCGGAGAAAGUGAUCUACUCCUUGGAGCAUUUCCGUAAUUGGCUUUGAGGACCCAGUUUUAAUGUGUUCCCUGGAGGCCACGCCAUAUUUUAUAUUUUUGUUAUGACUGUACUCAAAAAAUCUGGUUACAAAAAAAAAAAGGAAAGUCCCUUUGUUUGCCUUCCAAUUAAUAUUUUCUUGCUCCUUUUAAAUAGACGGCUCAUGUGAUGAUAUGCCAUCUCACAGUGGCACUGUUAUGUAUGCAGAAAAAUAAUAUUCAUUGAUGGUCAGUUUUUUAAAACUGGGAUGCCUCAUGGGUAAAAUGUAGCAAUAGUUCUCCUAGCAGAGCAAUUUAAUUGUUGAUCCGGGAUGGAUAUUCACGGAAAUAUGGCAGUGUUCGCCGAAUCACUUGUGUCCUUUCCUAUUCACUGUUUAAACUAAUAACCAGUGAGUACUGUACACAGUGUAGAGUGUAAGAUAUCCGUCCAUAAAUUAAUACGUGUGGCAGGUUGUGAAUUGGAGGGUGAGACAGACGCUAAGAAGGAGUGAAGACUUAAGAGUGCGAUCUGUGGUUAGAUAUUGCUGAAAUGACUGGUCGCAAGCAGGCAAAUAACAUUAUUUCAAAUAAAAAAACACAAUCUUACCACUGCAGGAGCUUUGGUCAGAGCGAGCCAUAUAUAACGUAAUCUGUUCGUAGGACUUGUAAAUGGACAGCAUGCUUCCUUUGUAGUGUAUCCGUCGCAUACAUAAUUUCCUAGGACCUAGUGGCAUCUGAGGCACUGUGUACAUUCUCAUGAAUACAGUCUCAGCCCGCAACCUGUGUGUACUUGGGUAUGCUUUUUAAAAAAAAAUCCACUAACGUUUACUAUGAUAAAAUUAGUAUUUUUGAUAAGCAACACAUUUUAAAAAGUUCCGCUUUUGAUGCAUAAAUAUAUCUAUAUACUUUAAUGGAGCAGUGGACAGUCCUGCUGUCAAUUUAGGAUAAAAUGUACAUUUGUUUUCUUAUAACAACGGUUUAGAAUCAAUUCGCCGCAAGGUUCCGUCAGAGCAUUGUGCCAUGUGCGUUUCGGUAGGCGAGACCUUGCCUAAUUGCUGCUCAGAGCCCUUUGGGAUGCAAGCAUAAAGAAGCCAGGGUUUUCUUACCGUAAAAUAUCCCGCCGCACGCCGCCGCGCAAGGUUCCGACAGACCCUCGCAGCUCAUUGCAUCUGCCGCAUAAGCAGCGGGAAUUAUUUGUAUUGUGUACAAUGGGAUGCAACUUUUAUUGAUGAGUUCAUACUGCGCAAGGAACGUUUCAUAGCAUUAACAUCCGUCUCCUGGAAGCUGGAAGUUCUGCAAAGCACAGGUGCUCAAACUAUGAUUUUAAUACUGCGCUGAAUACCGCAAUCAAAUACAUUGUCCGAUACGUAUACUAUAAGUGAUAAUGCACUUUUUUUUUUUUAAUUUGUGUCAAAACUGUUUGCCUAUUAUUGACUGUAACAUUGCAUUGUAUAGAAAUACAUUUCUAAGGAUUGGUCAAUAAACAUCCAAUAUUGAAAUAUUUAUUAAA